GGGCGGAAUAUUUGGCCAAUCGGGGGAUCGUAAUUUGACUUUGGCCGCAACCGCCUCGCAAAGCCUAAACCGAGAGCUAGCUAAUCAACCCGCUACGAGCGUGCACAACUUCUUAUCCGCCGUGCUGUUCCCAUCUGACACCUACACGUCAACGCAACCGUCUCCCGUCCAGUUCUCUCCUCGCCUCGACGCACGCAGCACACGACCAUCUCGGUUUUGCCCACUUCAGACCACGUACCUCGAAUUUCCCUUACACCACCACAAUGUCUGCCGACAAGGAAUUCACCUACUCCGAUGUCUCGGAGCACAACACCAAGAAGGACCUAUACAUCGUCGUCCACGACAAAGUCUACAACGCAUCGAGCUUCGUAGACGAGCACCCAGGUGGUGAGGAGGUUCUUCUUGAUGUCGGAGGCCAGGACUCAACAGAAGCCUUCGAGGACGUCGGUCACUCAGAUGAAGCCCGCGAGAUCCUCGAUGGACUGCUCGUUGGAAACUUGAAGCGUCAGGAGGGCGACCCAAAGCCCAAGAGCUACGCGCAACCCGGCACAACCGCUACUACCACUGACGGCGCGUCAACUGGUGUCGGUCUCUACGCUAUCAUCCUGCUUGGUGGUGCUCUUGCAUUCGCUGCCUACACCAUGAUGAACAAGCAGUCUUCCGAGUAAGACUGUUCACGUAGAGAAAGCACACAACACAGACAUACCAUUGAGCAGAAUCUCGAUUCUGGUUCGGAGGAGGAAGAGUCCCGCCUGGAAAACACUACGGGGCUGGCUGGCAUAUAUAGAGGCGGUUGUCAUGUGGAGUUGACUUAUGGAGAGGGUUAUAUUUUAUAUGGCGUAGGCAGCGCUGCGUUCGGGCGGUAUUAUGCCAGGACGAGCGGUUGGAAUAGAUCGAU